UCCGAAACCGGAACCUUCUUUCCAACGAACUGACUUGAACGUUGUCGUGAAGUUUGUACACCGCUUAGUGUUCUUGAUGAAACUACAAUCAAGUAACUUCAGUGGGGUAAACUGUUGAAUAAGCAAACUGAUCGGAACUAAUACUACCCCACUGAAGUUACCCCUCCCUCACCUCACCAGCUAAACCAUCAAAUUCACUCUUAAUACACCCCCACAACCAGCACCAAACCUGAGCUUGAAAAGCAGUGUUGCCUAGAGAUCUCACAAUAUGGCACCAACAAACCUUCUCCAAGGCAAAACCGCCAUCAUAACCGGCGGCAGCACCGGCAUCGGUCGGGCCAUCACCCUCGAAUACUUGCGACAAGGCUGUAACGUCGUGGUCAACCACCUGGGUCUCCCGCAAGACGCAACCCAUCUCUCCUCCCUCAUCGCCGAAGCAGCCUCCCUCAAGUCCGCCUCUCCCUCCACCACCGGCUCCCUUGACCACCUCCCCGGCGACGUGACGGACCCGGCCACAGGGACGGCCCUCGUCGCCCGCGCAGUGUCCAAAUUCGGCCCCCGCCUCGAUAUCUGCGUCUCCAACGCCGGUGUCUGCGAAUUCGCCGAGUUUUUAACGGUGGAACAGGAUCUAUUUACGAAAACGGUUAGGACGAAUCUAGACGGCACAUUCUACGUCGUCCAAGCGGCGGCGCGGCAAAUGGCGCUGUCCCAGACCCCACCAGGGGGUGCCAUAAUCGGGCUCUCGUCCAUCUCGGCGCUUGUCGGUGGUGGGAAACAAGUGCACUACACGCCCACGAAAGCCGGGGUUCUCAGCAUAAUGCAGAGCACGGCGGUGGCGCUGGGCAAAUACGGCAUAAGAUGUAAUGCGCUGUUACCGGGAACGGUGCGGACACAAUUAAGCGUGGAGGAUUUGAAGGACGAUGCGAAGAGAGAGUACUUGGAAAAGCGCAUACCCCUGGGAAGGAUCGGGCUCCCUACGGAUUUGGCUGGGCCGGCUGUGUUUUUGGCUUGUGAUGAGUUGAGUGGGUUUGUUACAGGCGCUCAGCUUUUGGUGGACGGCGGGUUGUUCGUUAAUCUGCAGUGAGAUCAAUGAAUGGAUAGCUUCUUAGCUAGCUAUCUGGUGUAGUGGGGCCAGGCCGGACGUCAGGAAAGUAGGUGACGGGGGCCAGGGAGGACUUUCCUGUCUUCCGCACUUCUUAAGAGACACGGAGAUGACAGACGACUUUCAACAACUCGUCAUCUCUCUUCAUCAUCUUAUUCAAUCAACUUGACUUUUGGUUUCUAUUCUAGUUAGCUAGCCCUUCGAUUAUGCGGUUCAUUCCAACGUGCACUUAGACACUACUUUCGAAAUCCUAUUAUUCUGCCCUCAUCCUAGCCUUGACAAUGACAGAGGA